AUGGUCGAGGCGAUGGACGAGGCGCCGACCCCCCCGCCCUCUGUGGUGCGCGCCCCCAAGGUGACCCCCGAGGCGACUGCACGCAAAGUGCGCGAGGCCGAGCGCCGGCGGUACGCUGGUGCGACGGUGCAUGCGCUCGGGCUGCUCCCCCCCGCGACGGCGCACGCCGACACGCCCGUGUCGGCCGCGCUCGCCUCUGCGCGUGCGCACGGCGGCCAGUGUGUGCUGGUGGUGGACGAAAAUGUGCCGAAAGGCUACGUGGAUAUGAUUGACCUCGUUAUGGAGGACACGCAAGGGCGGAGUGACGCGCCGGUCAGCAGUCUGCAGCGCCCCUUUGCCGGGACGCGCGACGCGCCUGCGACGCCCGAGACAUUCCGUGUGCUUACAAGAGAGAGUGAGCUUGCGGAGCUCGCGUCGUUCCUCGAGGACUACCCCUUUGCGAUGAUCACCGACGCGGACCGCACGUAUAUUGAGAGCAUCGCGACGUCGGCGGACGUGGACAAGUUUAUGGCCAAGACCGGUGCGCCCACGGCGCUCGAUCCCCGCGCCACCGAGGAGGCGCGCAAGGACCGCUCGCUGGCCGACAUGCUGCGCAUGCUCGACCAGUUCUCGCCCCUGAUUCCCGACGAAGUCACCGACUUUUACCUCGAGCGCGCUGGCUUCCAGAGUGACGACGUGCGCCUCAAACGCCUGCUUGCCCUGGCUACCGAAAAAUUUGUCGCCGACAUUGCCGCCGACGCCUUCCAAUACGCGCGCAUCCGGACAAAUGCCGGCCCCAGCCGUGCGCGCCCUGGCCAAGGCGCGGGACGUGACCGUACGCGCACCGUCCUCACGAUGGACGACCUCAGCGCCGCGCUCGGCGAGUAUGGGAUUGAUGCUCGCCGCGCCGACGGCUUCCGUUAG